GGCGCAUUGGCAAUGUGUCUGGGCAGCUGCUUGCAUCACCGGGAAUGCCAACCCAGCAGGCAAAUCAUCCCCACACCCACGCUAGCGACCCCAAUCAUCUCGAUAAAGAAGAUAGGCAUUCGAGCCGUCUCAGCCCGUCAUUCGUGGCCCAAAUCCCAAACUCGGCAAGUUUACGCUGUACCCGACAGAUAGGCGCACAUUCGUACCACUGUAUCGCGCUUCGCCAUGAACCUGUUGCUAAGAACGGCGCUUCGCGUUCCCCGCUCGUGGCUUGUGGUCACGACUGGGGGCAAGAUUGGCAAGUGACCUUGAUAUAAUGCAUGCCAACUUCGCUCGUUGUCCAGCUGUGCAACCUAGCCCUCUUAUAUCGUUCAGCUCGUGCCUGACGUCGUUGCUGCUCUCCCGUUGUCUUUAGCCUGCCGUCAAGCCAGCCACCGACAUCGCUAGUCUUGUGAAUGCACGGUCAUGGCAUCCAUUCACAAGCACACCGUAGCAGACGAGCCUGUCAGCAGCGUCCUGCCUGGAGGCGAUGUGCCGUAUGAUCCAACCCACGAGUACAAUGCAGACGAGGAGAUUCUGGCAGCGCUGGGAUACAAGAGUGAAUUCAAGAGAGAGUUCAGCCUCUUCACGACUUUCUGUGUAAGCUUCGCAGUGUUAGGUCUUUUGCCGAGUUUUGCGAGUACAUUGUACUAUGGCAUGGGAUAUGCCGGAACCGCUGGCAUGGUAUGGGGAUGGAUGAUAGCUAUGAUCGGCAUCCAGUGCGUGGCAUGUAGCAUGGCCGAGCUAUGUAGCUCUAUGCCAACAAGCGGAGGGCUGUAUUAUGCUUCAGCAGUCCUUGCGCCCAAAGGCUGGGGCCCAUUCGCUGCGUGGAUUACAGGCUGGAGUAAUUGGCUUGCCCAGAUCACUGCGGCACCGUCCGUGAACUACGGCAUUGCAGCUAUGAUACUUGCCGCAGCUUCCAUUCGCGAUCCUACCUACACCCCAACCAACUACCAGACCUUCCUGCUUACCGUCUUCAUCAUGAUCUUGCAUGCCAUCAUGUCCUCCCUACCAACUCGUUGGUUGGCGCAGAUCAACUCCGGUGGAUCGACAUUCAAUUUCGUCGCCCUCAUCGUCGUCAUCAUUCUCAUCCCAGCUGGCACUGACCGUGAGGAGCGUGGCCUCCCUAAGUUCACACCAUCUCGCGAGGUCUGGGGCGAUAUCUAUGAGGGUACCUCCUUUCCAGCAGGCAUCUCAGUACUGAUGAGUUUCAUCGGCGUGAUCUGGACAAUGAGCGGAUACGACAGCGCAUUCCACCUUGCAGAGGAGUGCUCGAACGCGAACAUCGCAGCACCUCGCGCUAUCGUCCUUACCUCCGCCACUGGUGGUAUCUUCGGGUGGGCUCUGCAGCUUGUAGUUGCAUACACCGUGGUGGACAUCGACGCCGUACUGGAAUCCGACCUUGGCCAGCCAUUCGCUGCGUAUCUCAUGCAAUGCAUGAACGAGAAGACAACGCUUGCUAUUCUCGCGCUGACCAUCAUCGCUGGUUUCUCGAUGGGUCAGGGUUGUAUGAUUGCUGCGAGUCGAGUCACUUUUGCGUAUGCGCGCGACGACUGUUUCCCGUUCAGCAACCUAUGGAAGCAGGUGAAUAAGCACACACUGACACCGGUCAAUGCCGUAUGGCUGAAUUGCGCGGUUGGCAUUGCUUGCUUGCUGCUCAUUUUCGGUGGAGAGCUGGCAGUCGGAGCGCUGUUCAGUAUCGGCGCCAUCUCUGCCUUUGUUGCUUUCACGAUUCCAAUCUUCAUCCGUGUCUUCUUUGUAGGCAACCGCUUCCGCCCAGGCCCGUGGAAUCUAGGGCGCUACUCCAUCCCCACUGGCGUCGUCGCUUCUGCAUUCGUCGCACUUAUGGUACCAAUCCUGUGCUUUCCUAGCGUCACAGGUGCAGAUCUGCACGCAGACGAAAUGAACUGGACUUGUGUUGUGUACGGUGUGCCGAUGCUUUUGGUAUCGAUUUGGUGGGUUGUGUCUGCACGAAAGUGGUUCAAGGGCCCAAAGGUCAAUGUCGCGCACAUGAUGCUCGGAGACGAGCAGCAGAUCCUGGACGGUCAGAAUGUGCAACGAUCGAUUUCUGGUGGAUCAGGAGAUGGAGUGCCCGAGAAGCUGCAAAAGGUAGCAUCUCCCUCUGCCUGAUGCGGAAGUUCGAGUAGUAAAUCGGCCAAGGUAAUUAUUAGUUAUGCAAUACAUGUGUUACCUCACAAACGUGGAUUCGUUUUCGUUAGUGAGCUCGGAUACUUUGGGUCGAAGAGAGGGUGGAGACGCUUGGCCUUUCCCGUGAUAGUUGAAAACUCUAUCAAAGCAGACCCUCAUUGAACGACGAACCCCCAUGCG